AUGACCCCGACCACAUCCUACUUUGCAAACCUCAUCGUUAUGACUCUGAGAGAUGGUUUGAUUGUGGCUAUGGCCACCGCCACCUUUAAGCCACCAGAAACCAAACUGACAAAGAUCAGCCCUGAUGUUUGGCUCAUGCUGUGGCGCGCCCCAUGGGCCCGCGCAAGUCUGGGUGAUCUGGAUGCUUGCGAUCAACGCUGGCGCAAGGAUGAGGCAUUGGCGCAGCUGUAUUUGCGACUCUCACAAUGGGAGAGGGAAGGAGUCAAGCAAAGUCACAACUUCUAUGAUGUGUCCACCAGCUUCAUCCUGCUGGCGCGGGGCGCCUCGUUUGCACGGCAAGCUACCGCAGAGCAGGAGGCAAAGAUGGAUUCAGUCGUCAGAGACCGCUUACUUCGAGCGAUGUCACGCCUAGGUGGCUACCCGGAGCGUUGUGGCAUUUGCGUGGCGGCCCUGGACACAGUGAGCCAAGGAAUUCAAGGCCAUUUCCGACCAGGUAGCUUUGGGUACCAAACUGCUGGCGACCUGCUGGUCGAGAAGCAUGUCCAGCGUUUGCCUUCUGGCAAGUAUUGCCAUUCCCUCGCCUUGGAUCGGACGCAUUGGUCCAACCACUAUGUGUCACCCUUGGAAAUCCACGAGCACUUCGCCAGGGAUGUGGUCUAUGGCAAACGAGUCUUGGUGUUGCACGGUGGUGAAGGUUCCCUUCCAACUGCAGCCUUGCGCUUUGCCACAUCUGUUACCGCUGCAGGGGUUGACCCGGGCGCUGCUCUGCGGAUUGAUGAGCUCAUCUUGGAUAUGACCAGUAUGCUUGCGCGUGUGGAUCUUUUCCUUCUGGUUUCUUUACCCCCAGGCGUUGGGGCGCUGUUAGCGUUUGAAGUCACCUGUCGCUUUGGAGUGCAGACCAUUGAUGCCGGGGCGCUGGCACUCACAGCAUCACCGGGGCUUCGCCCGCCGUCACCCUUGUCCUCACCCGUCGCGUGGUCCACGGCAACGCCCAGCGUUGAAACUGGGCAGCCGCAGCGCGUGAUGCUGAAUGGCCCUUGGGAAGUACAGGUGGCAGCAGAUACAGCGACGUUGCAAGAUUUGACGGAGGAGUGGCAAAGUCUCCAGGUGCCGUUUGCGCCCCAAUCCUACCGAGGCCUUGCGACGAAAAUCUCUGCUGUGGAAGCAGUGUGGUACCGAAAGCGGCUACAGCUGGAUAGAACUUGGUGCGAUGGCACUUUGCAGCUGGCUGUCGACGCCUGUGACUGGGAAUGCGCCUUCUAUUUGAAUGGAAUCCCCUUGGGCAUCCAUCAGGGUGGCUACGACCCCUUUACCUUGCCGCUACCAAAGCUUGGUGAGAUGUGCGACACCAACCUGUGGUUGCUGGUGCGAGCGUGGGAUCCCACUGAUGACGGUUGUGAAUUCACGGACCAUCCGCCCAUCCCUUGUGAAGGCUGUUGCUUAACUGGCUGGCAGCCUCGUGGCAAACAGUCUUUGAAGCCCGCAUCCAUUAUGUAUACCGGCGUGACUGGACUCUGGCGCGGAGGGCUGUGGAUUGAGCAGCUUCCCAUGUGCCACAUCUCCAGCUUCAACAUCACUGUGUUGGAGGCUACAGAGGUCCUGGUCCAAGUCGAGGCGAUGUGUGAUCAGCCGCUGGCCCUUCAGGUUUUCAGCGCGCAACGCAUCAUUGCCACAGCCACAGGGCCAUGCUGCGAGAUGCACCUGCACAUGGAAGAGGAGUUGAAGUUGAAGCCCUGGUCACCCGAGGCACCACAUCUUUACGAGCUGCGGCUGUUUCUGGGCGAUGCCUCAGAACGACGGCCCUUUGCUUGGCGGCAGCUGGAGAUCUCGGAGGGCCGAGUGCUGCUGAAUGGAGAGGCGAUCUUCAUGCACGGCGUGUUGUAUCAGGGCUAUUGGCCAGAGUCUCUGCUUACUCCACCCGAUGCUGCAGCGGUGGAACGGGACCUACGUGCCAUCAAGGCUUGUGGCUUCAAUACCGUGCGGGUGCAUGCUGUGGUGAUGGAUGCCAAUUUCUACAGCCUUUGUGAUCAGCUGGGGCUCAUGGUGUGGCAGGACAUGCCAUCCGGCGAUAUGCGGGCCCUCCCUGUGUGGGCAGAGGAUAGGGCAAUCGCCGAAGAAUUGACCGGCAGCUCCCUGGAUGAGAUCACCCGUAGCCCUGAGAGUAAGGCAGCCUUCCAACGGGAGUUGAAGGCAAUGCUGAGAUAUCUUGCUCCCUAUGCGUCUGUGGUGGUGUGGGUGCUCUUCAACGAGGGGUGGGGACAGUCCAACACACAGGAAACGGUGGAUUUGGUGAAGCGAAUGGAUGGUCAACGCUUGGUUAAUGCUGUCAGCGGAUGGAAUGACCUGGGUGCUUUGGGGCACUUCAUCGAUAUCCACAACUACGAAGACAACUCAUCCAUUUUCGGCCCAUUGCCACAGAGUUUUUCCAGCUACGCUGCAUGGGGCUACAACGUCUCAGGUAGGUCGCAUUCUGACACAUGUUGCAAGGUUGCAGUGUUUGCUUGUUUUGAGGGGCCCAAACCGCGGACACCAUGGGUCACACCGUGGGUAACCUCAUGGAGCCCAUGGAGCCCAUGGUGCUGGGGAUGCCCUCAAUCUUUGGCCCUGCUGUGCAUCGUGCCGCGCCGGCAGCUGCGGUUGCACCGGCCACACAGGGCUCGGGCCCCUGCGGUUCGACUGCGAGCAGAGGCAAUGGAAACAGUGGAGGGUGAGACCUCGGAUGCCUCGCCUGUGGAUGCCUCACCCGUGGAGCCCACGUGGUUGGACAAGAUGCGUCGGGCAUGUGGUCUCCGGCGCUUUGACGUCGUGGCACGCAUUGCAUUGUCCUUGAAGGACACUGAGACGGCCAUGGAAUUGGUGCAGGCUUUGGCGUUUGAAUGUUUAAAGCAUCAGGCUUUUUUCCUGAAGGCCGUCCUGAGAGAAUUUCGUUUGCAGAAUGUGGCGCCUGAACUUGCCGUGGAGCUCUUUUGGAAAACGGAGCUGUGGUUUCGGGCGCAAGGCCCCAAAGUCCAUGAAUGGAAUGAGGUCGUGUAUGCCUUUGUGUUGGCCAAUCACUACGAGGAGGCUUGGGAUUUGGUGACUUCAAUGGAAGAUGCUUCGGAAAUGCCGGCACCCUCUGCAGCCACCUACGGCAUCCUUUUGCUUCCCAUGGCCACCCAGCAAGGGCCCCGUGCAGCAAACGAGAUCUUAGCCCGGCAGCGCUUGAAAGGCAAUCCUAAUCCGUUGCACCAUUUGAUCAUGGCCAUGUUCUACGUCCAAGAAAAAAACUUGGGCAUAGCCAAAGCUCAUGUGAGACAAGGCGAACGUCUAAUAAGGCAACUGAGGGCAACCCUCGAACACUACCCUGAAAAACGGCAAUUUCACCCAUUGACCACAUAUCUGUACGCCACACUGAUGGCAGGAUACAGGCGCCUUGGGCGCGUACAAGAUUGUUUCACCAUUUUUGGUGUUGUGCAGCAACACGCUGUUCAGCCAAGCGCUAUUGUUUUUGCUAUCCUUCAACAGGCUUGUUGGGGGCAUUUGGAUGCGACUGGGGAGGUUCGACAGAUCCUCCGAUUGAUGGAAGACAUGAACGUUCAGCCCGAGACUUCAAAUUACAACGCCCUGAUACGGACUUACAGUGAUUCCGGGCAGUUCACCAAUGCUCUGCAGGUCGCCAACCGAUUGCGCGAAGCGGGAGUGGCAUGGAAUGAAUUCACCUACACCUAUCUACUCUUUGCAGCAGUGAACGCUGGUCAGGUGGAACUGGGUGUAAGGCUCUUGUCCCAGAUGCGCUCGGAUGGGGUCCGACCCAGCUCCAAACAGUACAUCACCGUGUUUUUGGGCCUCGCCAAAUCUGGAUAUUACGAAGAUGCAAUACGUGUUUUCGAACGCUUAGUAUCCCUGGGGAGCUGUGGAACGGAAGCAUUCAAUGUGAUGAUUGGUAUUCAUUGUGAAAGGGGCAGCAUGACUGCUGCCAUGACCACCAUGGAAAGGAUGAAAGAAGCUGGCAUAGGUCCUGAUGUGACAUCUUGGCAGAUCUUGUUGACGGGCUAUGCUUUUGAAGGGCAAUAUGACAAGAUCUUGGAGUUGCAAGAGGCCUUCACCUCCUUCCGCAAGAACCUGCAGGCAGCGGCCCAAAACGUUUCGGUCACAUCUGUGGCGCGACAGGUGGCGAAAUCCCAGCUCCAGAGGCAGCGGCAGUGGACCAAGGUCUAUGAUAUCCUCAUUGAUGCAGCUCUUUGGAAUGGGGAAUGGUCGCGGGCCGUGGCCCUGUUGAAAGACGUGGUUGACCUGGGUUUUCCAGUGGAUUUGGUGAAGCACCGGCGCUUGGUGCAAGACCUCAAGGAGUUUUACGGCGGCAAGGAUGCUGCCAUCGGCAUCGCUGCGGAAGUCAUUGCCGCGGACAAAGAACUGCCGGACCCCACGACGACGGGGCGGGAGUGGCUGGCCAAAGUCUCGGCUUCGUCCAGAUAUGCCGAUUCCAGUGGCACUAUGGGGGCUUCUAAGGCAGCCAUGGUGGACUAUAUGUCUCUUCAGGCCUUUGCCGCUUCCUUUUCUCCCCAUUGGUUGGAUGGAGUCAGGUCAGGUGCCACUACAGCGCUGCCGGAACUCUGCAAAGAGAUGCUACUUUCAGCUGAGAGCUCGGAAACUUUGGAUGCUUCCGCAGCAUAUGAGAUCCUGCAUGUCUACUAUCAUGCUACAGUACAUCGACGCGCAGUGGUGCCUCUAAAACUGGACCGUGGGCAGCAUUUGCACCUCCGUUCGAAUGCUCUCGAAACGGUGUCGACCCUCCGAGAGCUAUUUGACCUUAAUGGUUGGCCCACGGGACAGCUGGAGUCACCACGAUAUGUGUUUCUCAGGCCCAAUGCUUUUGCCCUGGAUGCCUUUCUGCUGCUGCUUGGUUUGGCCUCAUCUUAUCCCCACAGCAUCCUCUUCCUCCGCGAAGCAGACCUGGCAGACCUGGCGCCGGAGACUCCCACGGAGGCCUCCGGGCUGCCAGUGACGAAGCAAAGCCUGCAGCGCCAGUGGAGCCGUGCGCUCACAGUGACCAUUGGAGCCACGAUGCGAACAUUUCCGGCAGCACUUUUGUUGAACUCAAGGACCAUGCUCGCCACAGGGGAUCUCAAUUUGUCCAGCAGCGACUUCGAGAGGAAACUGCGGGAUGCCUUGGCUGGAAGAGAUCCAAGUAGUGUGGAGGAGGAGUUUGUGCCCAAUAAGGAGGAUCAAGCCACAGAGGCUUGGUCUGCUUGGCUCCAGCGCCAGGGUCUGAGCCGUUUGCUGCGCCACGACUCCCGUGGUGCGCUGCGCAGCGAUGGCGUCACCACCAAAGCGGCACGGCUGGAGAUCCAGAACUUCCGGCUGAAGGGGAUGGCAGAUGGGCAGGUUUCGGGGAAUUCUGUUUUGAGGAUUGCGCAACUUAGCACGGCUUGUCCACCUUUUGAACGCCGUGUGCCCGUUCUUGGUGAGUACGGUGGCUUGGGCUAUGCCGUGGAGGGACACCAAUGGUCUUCCACUGCAUGGGGCUAUGGCGAAAAGGAGGUGAACCGAGAUCCAGCGGUGUUUGCGGAAAACUUGGAAAAGCUGUUAGGUAGAUUGCUUGCGGCGAUUUGUGAGGGUGGCGUGAGCGCAGCGAUCUACACACAAUGGAUGGAUGUCGAAACGGAGGUGAAUGGCCUACUGACCUACGACCGACACUUCAAGCUGCCGCUGGAAUUUUACCAAGAGUUCAGUGAGCGUGUGAUGGCUACAAAGCAAUGCUGGGCGGCAAGCUGCCAGGGGAAGAAGAAACCACCCCCACCUGCGGAUGGUUUCUUUGCCAAGCUCUUUGGAAUGUCUUCACCGCUGGAGGUCCAGGUGGACAGCGAGAGCGACCAGGAGAACCCGGUGGAUGAACAGACCGGCCUCGUUGGAGCACAUAGCUAUUCCAUUUUGGCCGCAGUAGAGGCCCCGGCCAACGGAGGAACGAGUUGGUUUCGGAAAGAGCGUUGGAUUCGCCUUCGCAACCCCUGGGGGACUGGCAGAUGGAAAGGUCCAGGGCAAAAAACAGGUCUCUUACCCUUCAGCGGGGCCAUGGUCAACUGCGGCAUCCUUCAGAAGCAGCGGCAGCCGAAGCAGGUGGACCAGGACCAUCAGGAAGGCCCAGAAGGAUUGGUCCUGGAGGAAGACGCUGGAACCUUUUGGAUGCGCUUCGCAGAUUUCUGUGAAGAAUUUGCCACCGUCCAGGUUUCAGACUAUUGUGCGGGCUAUGUCUCCAGUCUUUGUCCAUUGAAGCCCGACAGUGCGCAGGCCAGAACCUUGAUGGCUUGCACCUUGGAACUGCCCGGCAGCAGCCAGACGCCGGUGGAGGUGGUGAUCUCUGUAAUCCAAGAGUCCGACGAGGCGUUCCGCCGGCGGAAGAAGUUCUCCGCCGCACGGCUGGAGCUCUUCGAGUUCACAUCACCGGCGAGCACACCGUCCAGGUCGACCCGCGGUGCGCGACACGUGGCGUCCUCCAGCUUCGCGAUGCAACGCGAGACGUUGCUGCGAGGGAAGAUGAAGCCAGGUGUCGGCUACAUGGCAGUGGUGCAUUGGUUGCAGGCCACGCCCUUGCAGAGCUGGAAGUGUCAGUGUACCCUGCGGGUCUAUGCGCCCCAGCGCUUACAGCUGGAUCCCUUACGGGACAGCGCCAUCGCCAUCAGCUCCAUGCGCGAAGCCUACGAGGCCGCGGCCAUGGGCCCACGGGGCGCCUGCCUCAAGGAGCAAGGAGGUGUCCAACUGCGCUGCUGGAGCGAUCGUGACUCGGGCACCAUCGUGCUGGUCUUCGAUGCGACGACAGCGCAACCAGCGGGGCUGUUGGCGUCCAUCCACUGGCGCUUGCAGAAUGCCCAUUUGCAACCAAACUUCCCUGCAGAGGGCAUCGAAGCCAAAGGUGGCCCUGCAGAACACAUCCAGCAUGUGGAGCUCGUGCCUGGCCAACGCCAAGUGACCCUGGUGUCCUGGCUGGAUCCGCUCAUGGCCUUCUCGGCCAGCUACAGCUGGCAGGCCGCCACCGAUCCAUCAGCAGCAGUUGGUGCCCCUGUUGGCACCCAACUGCCAGGCCGUUUCAGUGGAGCGUACCGGAAGGUGGAGCGGCAGGCUGUCCACGAGGAGUGCUACCUGAAGUAUGUCAUGUUUGGAGUCCAAGAUCGAUCCAUCUUGCGCACAGCUUCCAGAUGCCUGUCAUGCAGCGAGCCCGUUGCACGCAUCAACGGCUAUGGAGGUCAAUUCUUCGAGUUCACGGCUGGGCAGCUGGGUGACCAUACUGCAGGACGCGUCCACUUGGAAUGCCACGAAGCGUUCCAGCGUCGUUUCGCAGCGUCAUGCCUUCACUGCCGCAAGCCAAUUCUGAAGAUGGAUGGCUUCAGUGGGCGGCAUUUUAAAUACCAGGACGGCCACUUCGGUUCGCAUGGUGGCGGCUCGGUCCACGAGGAGUGCAAUGAGGCUUUCCUCCGCCAAUGGGCUCCGAAAUGCAUGCAUUGCAAGGAGCCAUUGCUGAAGAGUGAAAGGUUCAGCGGUCGCAUUUUUGACUACGGAGGUGCAGGUGCCAAGUCAAAACAGGCCGUGCACGAGGAAUGCCAUGCCGACUUUCAGCGGGCCACGGGGUCCCGGCGGUAG